UAAUUAAUUAAAAAUCUAAUAAUUCAUCAUCACCGGUAACAAUCAUUAUAUAGUGAAAUAAAACACAUUAAACCCUGUUGCUGCUGCUGUGGUUGUGGACGCUCUCCUUCUUUCCAUCUUUGUUAUCUUCUUGGAUCCCCAACGAUGCCCACCAAAAAUUUCAGGAAGCGACCUUUGGAUCAGAACCCCACCACGGCCGAUUCAGAUGACGAAGAAGAACGAAGGUUGGCAUUGGAGGCGGUAAGGCUCAUGCAAAAGAACCGGGAGAAGAAGCCUGGAAUCCCCGCCCUACUCACUGCCAAGUCCACCGCCCACCGAGCUGGCGAUGGGGAGGGCGAGAAGGAGGAUCUUGUUCUCCAGGAUACCUUCGCCCAGGAAACCGCCGUCACUGUCGAAGAUCCCCACAUGUUGAGGUAUGUAGAACAAGAACUGGCCAAGAAGAAAGGAAAGAAAGUUGAUGCUAGUGAUAAGGAGGAACACGAUCCUGUUGACCAACUGUAUGUUGUGCCUGAGCAUCUCAAGGUAAAGAAGAGGAACUCAGAGGAAAGUUCUACUCAAUGGACAACUGGGAUUGCUGAGGUUCAACUCCCUAUAGAGUACAAAUUACGAAAUAUUGAAGAAACAGAAGCAGCUAAAAAGCUGCUGCAAGAUAAGAGGCUUGUUGGUAAAAUGAAGUCAGAACUAAGUAUCCCCUCAAGCUAUAGUGCUGAUUAUUUCCAGCGUGGCCGGGAUUACGCUGAAAAGCUUCGGAGAGAUCAUCCAGACCUUUACAAAGAUCGAGGUGUACAAGCUGAUGGAGCCGGAACUAAAUCAACAGAAAAUAGUAGCACAGAAGGUGUUGGGCAGAGGCAAGCUGCCACAGAUGAGUUUAUGCUUGAGCGUUUUCGGAAGAGGGAACGACAGCGUGUAAUGCGAAGAUAAUCUGUGUUCAGGAAACCAUACCAGAAGUUUGGAAGAUCAAAUUUCUCCCCACUUUAACACAUUUGUGGCUCGAAUUGUUGUUCUAUCCAAGGGAGUUAGUGCAGAACACGAUUUGAGAGCUCAGGGUGAAGCAUCCCUGUGUAGAUAAGUUUAGGCAUCAGAUUCAGUUCAUAUUAAAGCCAUGGUUGCUUCUAUGAGAAGAAAAGGCAUCUGGAACUGGAAUAUAUCAGCAUGUUCGCCUUUGACAAGAUCAGCUUAUGUGGAUGAGACUUGUGUUUUUGUUUAUGUAUGCUUGGAGUUUUAGUACCCAUUGAUGACUUGUGAAAUUAGAAGAAAUGAUUCCCCUAAACAUGUUAGCUCCAGUGCCCCUUCAGAUGGGCAGAUUCUCAGCAUUUUGCUUUCACAUAAAAAAGCUUUUGGAAGACCAAUUUGUAUAAGAGGGCAGGAAUUUUGGCUAAAGAAAUGGGGCCUUUACUUGUUCAA